AUGAGAAGAACCCACCUUCUGGUGCUCAUAGCACUUUUUUCAAUCGUGCUGAUUAGCCACGCGAGCGCACAAAUAAUUUUCUAUGCUGAUUUUGAAGUGAGCGGCUCUAAAGCAAUCCCCGAUGCCAGUGUCAAUGACCCAGCAAAUUGGGUGUCGGAAAACGAGGGAACCAUUUGGGCAGAGACCACCGAAUUCCCUGAUGGUAGCGGUGCCUUGCAUCAAACUGCCGAAGGAUGCGGCAUCUCCGGUAAUACACCUUUACCUGGUGUCGAUAACUUCUCCGACGGUAUUAUCCAAGCCGUUUUUUCAUGGCAAGAUGAUGAUGGUGUCGGUUUCCAAUUCCGCCGCGUCGGCGACAAUAGAGGAUACCUCGUCGGAUUGGGCUAUAACGAAACACCCCAAAUUAUCAUCGGUAGCCUUGCAGACGGAUGCUGUCCGUCCGGACAAUGUCUCGACCAGUGCACCUGCGAAAAUGGUGGUAAUGAACUCGUCGGGGUUGACCAUGGCUUAGGCGGGGACCUCUCACAAGACAACAGCGUUGCCUAUUUUGCGCGCGUUGAAGUCACCGGAAGUCUCAUCCAAGUCUGGUAUAUGCCGCUGGAGGAUGUACCCGGUCUCUUUGUGGCAUCUGAUGAACUCGGCGAUCCAAUCGCUGAAUACGACGGCGCAGAUGAUUUGGGACCCGGUACCGUCGGUAUCUGGCAUGAAAGUUGGGGCAACGGAAGAGUCGAUAGCGUCCUUGUUACCGGUCCAGGCGGCACCACUGAUGUUGACCCACACGGCAAAGUCUCCACGACGUGGGGCGACGUUAAAGACAGUUAUUAGUCUCCUUCCGAAAUAUAGACUAAUACCGUAAAAU